UUAGUCGAGCCAUCUGGGAGGAAGAAAGAGAAGUCUGUGAAGUAGUCGAGAGAGAGAGAGAUGAGGAAUAAGGUGAACUCGCUUCUGAAACGAGGACUCAAAGUGGUUGGCGAUGGCAUGUUGCUUAACAUAAUCCAAUCUGAACUCCGUCACGAAAUCUCCAACCCUCGUUUCCUGGUGGUUGAGACGGGUAAGCUAGGGGGUUUCGAGCUGGAUUGGGACUCUCCGGGAAACAGAGACGUUGUCCUGAGGAGACGGUUUGAUUCAGGAGAAGAGGUUGUGGUAUCUGCUUUACUGCAACAGGAGCCCAUUGAUGAUGAUGCUGAUGAUAUAGCGUUUCCCAGAGGAGCUGUGGCUAAAGUUUGUAUCAGCAAGCCUAGUCUCCGCUCUGUCUUGCAGUUUGACUGCCGGGUUUUAGAAACGGGGCGUGGGAGUUCUGAUUUUGAGAUUGAGAGAGCUUUUUAUCUCCGCUCUUUGUGUAGUUCUUCACCUAAUGGUGGAGACUUUUUCAGUACAUUAGAUCCGAGACUACAGGAUGCGCUGAAGCAGUACCUAACAUCCAAGGGAAUAAGUGAAGGCCUUACGAAUUACAUCUUGUGUCAUCUGAACAAGAAGGAGCAGGAGCAGUACGUUAACUGGUUACGCAAGCUUGAAUCCACAGUCUCACACUCUCUGAAGCAGUGAGCUGUUCAACUCCAUUUGCGCAUUUGUUUUAUUCACCUUCUUAUUCUUCUUGGCGUUUUUUUUUUUUUUUUUUGCAAUGGUAAUGAGUAAUGACCUUGAGAUUAGCAUAAUCAGCUUUGCCAUGGUUUUUGUUUUAGGGAGUUUUAAUUUAACAAAAUAUAAGUUAACUGAUGUAUUCCAAACAAAAUGAGACCUCAAAUCUUAUGCUUUUGAGGUUUGCUCUUUGAUUUAUGUGUGAAUUAAUAUAGUUCAUUGCAAUACAAAUAUAAACACUAAAAGUAUGACUUCUUAUAAGAAUGAUCUCUAGGCCUCUAAAGUUUCUCAAUUUUUGGGGUUACUUUUCUGGUUGUUGUUUUCACAUACAAGAAAUAUAAUCUCCUAACCAAAGGUUUUGGUGACAAUUUUUAAGUAUAAACUACUGAACCGAAAAUGUCUUUGUUUUUUCUUUACCAUAGCAGUAAAAGUUUAAAAGUGAAAAAAUGAAUAAAAACAAAUCUUCACCAAGAAAAAAACGUCUAAUAAGGACAGAAAAUUCAGACAAUGGCAGCAGCGCCAAGUGCUCUGAUUCAUCCACAGUCCACAAGUUGGGGCAGUAUUUUUUAUUUUAAAGUCGAUUAUUUAUUAAUAGAGAACUAAAAACGACAUGUUUUUUUUCCCAGUCAAUCGUUACAUUUUUCAAUGUUAAUACUAUUAAAACUGCCGAAUCUUGGACGAAUAUUGAGUAUGUGUAAACGUAUAGUUCAAGCAUCAUAUAAUUUUCAAACCGUUCCUAUUUAAAGUAGUACUCUUCUAUAGUAACAAGUAGAAUCAGAAGAAAAACACAAGAGGAAGAGAAAAUUAAGUUUAUAGGAAUAUAUUCUCAUUUCUUUGUAGAUAUUUAAAUUUCUCUCUCUUUUAAUCAGCCUUCUUUUCUGAUUUUUUUGUUCAGAGAAAAAAAAACUGAAAAAAUGUUUUCUUCUUAUUUCGGACUGGUGAAAAAAAAUGAAUUUAGAGUUAAACUUAAUGCUGCUAACCGAAGAAAAGCACUUAAAAUUGUACAACCAGACAAAGUCUUUGAUAAUGUUGCAUGAAUCACACACAAAAAAAAAAACUUUAUGUUAGUACUUAAUAGACGUAUAAUAAUUGUCGUUUAUCGAGUGUAUUAGUUUAAUCACUCUCGGAAACACAAAUAUUGAUAUCGUUAUUAGCUUACUCACGUGACAUAACAUCAUAGAUAAGUAAAAAAAAUUAAUCAAAAGCAUAGAUCUUGAGGUCGUUGCAAACAAAUAAAUAUCAAAGUAAAAGAUAAAUAAUAUUCGUCCGGGUCGGAUCAAUUUGAUAAUAAAGAUCCCUUUUUUUAUUAUCCGAAUAAAAACGAAUGAAGCUAAGCCACAUGGGCCUUACCCGAGUACAUGAUCCGAUUAAUCCGGGUCGGGUUUGGGUCUACUAUAAAACGCCAACUCUCAAUCGUAACAACCUUCAUUGAUAGAGAAAAUUGUAAAGAAGAAGACACAGUCCUCUCUCUCUCUCUCUCUCUCUCUCACUCUCACUCUCACUCUCAGCAGCUGCUAAGAGUGAAGAAUGUCGAAUUUGCUAAGGGAUUUUGAGGUGGAGGCGAAGAAUCCGUCGCUGGAAGCGAGGCGGAGAUGGAGGUCAGCAGUCUCCGUCGUGAAGAACCCCGCUCGUCGUUUCCGUAACAUCCCCGACCUCGAUAAGCGAGCUGAGAACGAGACUAAGAGACACCAGAUCCAGG